AUGGGCAUUCGAGGAUUUGUCGGCAGCGGUGACAGCGCGCCUGCAUUCUCCGCCGAUGUCCUGCGGAUCGAAGUCGUCGGAGAUGUUGGUCUCCAUCUAACCGUUGUAGACCUUCCAGGGCUGGUAUCCGUGGAGAAUGAGGAGCACGAUACGCAUGAUAUCAAAUUAGUUGAAGACAUCGUAGAUUCGUAUCUUCAGAGCUCACGGACGAUCAUCCUUGCCGUGGUACAGGCAACGAACGACAUCGCCACGCAACCGAUCAUCCAGUGCGCUCACCACAUUGACAGAGCUGGCGAGAGAACCGUUGGCAUCAUCACCAAGCCUGAUCUCAUCAACAAGGGUACCGAAGGGCGCAUCGCACAUCUCACGAACAACCUUGAUUCGACAAGACUGAAACACGGAUUCUUUCUUCUCAAGAAUCCUUCACCACAGCAGCUGGAAGAAGGCCUCCUGGGAGAUCACCUCGAAAGAGAGCUCCCUAAGGUGUGCGCGGAGGUCCGCCUUCUCCUUGACAAAACAAAGGUCCAACUCCAAGAUCUUGGGCAGGAGAGACCGACGGUCAGCGAACAGCGUUUUUUCCUAAAACGGAAUUUCCCCAAUCGGCUUCGCGGUCAGAUCCAUACACUCAACAGUCUAUUUGCGGAUUACAUGAGAGACAAGUCCCAGAAGCGAAAGACGGAAAGAGUUCCCAUCGACGACCUUUUCGAGAGCUCUGCCGACUCUGAGGAGGAUAGGGAGAAGGAGGAUAAAUACGAUCAUAGCGGCGACGCCGACGAGCCAUUCUAUAUGAAUGAAACUGAGUUUGACCGCUGGAUAAAGAAGAUCUACAGGAAUACUCGGGGAUUGGAGUUACCAAGCAACUACAACAACGCAUUUCUUACGGAACUCUUCCAUGAGCAAUCCAGCCGGUGGCCGGCUAUAGCGAAGCGAACACAUACAUCGCGUCCACGAGGAGACACCCACAUUUGUUACUCGGGCGCUGGCACAUGUGGUCAGAGAAGAGCACAUCCGUCGGGAUAUACACAAGAUCCUCGACCGCUCCCUUCAAAGCAAUCUCAACACCGCGCUGGACGAAAAGCCCGUCACGAUAGAGCGAACACCGUCUUAGAGCAUGGCCUUCAAAGCGUGUCGGAUGAUUGGGGCAAGAUCCACGUCAGCAACACUCCUCAUGAUUUGGCGAAGCUCCUAGGCUCUUUGCAGAAUCAUGUUGUCGUGAAUAUGGAGCAACAAGCCUGUGAAGAAGCCAAGGCCGGACUAGCUGCUUAUUAUAAGGUUGAUAUGAAGACAUUUGUAGACAAUGUCUGCCGUCAGAUUAUGGAACGUCAUAUUGUACGCAACCUCCGCCACCUCUUCACUCCCACAGAUGUUCUAGCAUUCUCAGAUGAGGAGGUCGAACUCAUCGCCUCAGAGCCAAACAGUAGACAAGACAGGCGAAAAGAGUUGAAGAUCCUUGAAAAACAUUUAGAGGAAAGCUUCUUUGAGCUCUGCAGUUAG